UAUACAGUGACCGCUGCUAUGCGAAAGUUAAAGAACUUUUCCAUAUGUACCGUAAUGACUUAGUUAAAAAUACUAAACCAGGGAAGCAAUUGAAACAGUCGUUUUUCAUGAACCUGCAAGGUCUGUCAGAUGAAGAUCGUUUGACUGUCUUAACAUCUGUGACAGACGGUAAUCGGACUAUAAAAGAGGCCGAGCAGGAUGCACGGAAUACAAAACUACUAAAGGAAAUUAAAAGAAAAUUCCUAAAGACCACAAAAGUGCUAACUUGGGAGGAAGCAGAAGUACGAUUUCCUCAACAUACAACUGAAGCUGCUCUUCGCGAGUUUAUAACAACAAGAAAAACGAAAUGCCGACAGGCUUGUUGAACCAUUGCCAGGAUGCACAACUAUGGGAGCAACAGCAGCAAUAUGACAGCUCAGAAUCCGCAUCUACAAUAAAUAUUAUGACUGAGCAAGGGCUAUAUUCCAAAUGCCAUGGAAUGCCCAGUCCAUUCAAUGGACGAAUAAUUACGGAUUUUGCAAAUGCAUCGAAUAUGGGACUGAAUCGCGGUCUGCUUGUGUUGACCAAGAACUGUGUGAAAGAAAUGCUAAUUGCAAACACAGUAAUAGUGAUAAACAACGAAGAAAACCUAUUUGAGAAUUUGAGCGUUUUAAGAGAAAACGACAGAGACAUCCUGGUGAAGUAUUGGUACUCCCAAGAACAAGGUA